AGGAAAGUCGAGAUCUCUUUGGCACUUUGAUGGGCCGGCAGACACGACGCAAAGCCGAAACCAAAGACAACACACAAAACGAAUUAACUUUUCACAUUGCCGGGGAUCCUUAAACGGAGGCAGCUGAGCAGAGGGGGAGUUAUAGACCAGGACGAGGACGACAACGACAACAAGAGCAGGCAAAAACCCGCAUCCCGGCCAGAACCAUGGCAGCCAGCAGCGCCUCGUCGUACAUCCGGCUGGCCAAGACGCUGCCACCGCGACUGCAGGUCUUCCUGUCUCGCUACCCUCCGGCCGCGAUCCUCCCCACCGCGACCACCGAGACGCAAGCUCCGCCUGCGCAGACGACUUACCAGCAGGCGUCGCCCAACCCCUUCAAGCCGACAAAGCACCCGGUGACGGGCCUCUGGCAGAACCCCGUCUACUCGCUGCGGCGGCAGGCGGAGCUCGUCAAGCUGGCGCGAGACCACGGCGUCGAGGAGCUGCUCCCCACGGGGCCCAAGGGCACCGACGUCAGGCUGCGGAAGCGCGUCGAGCUCGGUCUCAGGGUCAAGGGUACUGGUGUCGGGCAGAAGGUUAAGGGUCACAUCUUUGAGAGGAAUCUCGUUGACAAGAUGGAGAAGAGGAGAAAGGCCAUGCGCGACAUGCCCAAGCUCAUUGCCGAAUGGAAACGGACCGGACGGAGGAACUGGACCAAGUUCCCAAAAUAAACGAUUCGUUGGAGAUGAAUGGGCGACGGCGGCCAUGUCCGGUGUACAUAUCUUGUAUCAACAUGUUUGCAUGGGUUUGUCAAGACUUGUGUGUCCAUAUCAAAUCAUAUCACGUAGUGUUGUAAAACUGCACGCAAAUGUACUUCAUCCCCAGCGCCGGCUCUUAUGGACAAGGGAGGCCGCUUGUGCUGGGUUGUAAUACCACAAAACAUCACAUCUAACGACUG